AUGUCCACAACCGAUCAUCAAGAAGCUGAUAUCGAUUCCAUAGUUGAUAGAUUAUUAGAAGUUAGAGGUUCAAGACCUGGUAAACAAGUAACAUUAUUAGAACAUGAAAUUAGAUACUUAUGUACUAGAGCCAGAGAAAUUUUCAUUCGACAACCAAUUUUAUUAGAAUUGGAAGCUCCAAUUAAGAUUUGUGGUGAUAUUCAUGGUCAAUAUUAUGAUUUAUUAAGAUUAUUUGAAUAUGGUGGGUUCCCUCCUGAAGCAAAUUAUUUAUUCUUAGGUGAUUAUGUUGAUAGAGGUAAACAAUCUUUAGAAACCAUUUGUUUAUUAUUAGCUUAUAAAAUCAAAUAUCCUGAAAAUUUCUUUAUUCUUAGAGGUAAUCAUGAAUGUGCUUCAAUUAAUAGAAUUUAUGGAUUUUAUGAUGAAUGUAAAAGAAGAUAUAAUAUUAAAUUAUGGAAAACUUUUACUGAUUGUUUUAAUUGUUUACCAAUUGCUGCUAUCAUUGAUGAAAAAAUAUUUACCAUGCAUGGUGGUUUAUCCCCUGAUUUAAAUUCUAUGGAACAAAUUAGAAGAGUUAUGAGACCAACUGAUAUUCCUGAUGUUGGAUUAUUAUGUGAUUUAUUAUGGUCUGAUCCUGAUAAAGAUAUUAGUGGUUGGAGUGAAAAUGAUAGAGGUGUUUCAUUUACAUUUGGUCCUGAUGUUGUAUCAAGAUUUUUACAAAAACAUGAUAUGGAUUUAAUUUGUCGAGCUCAUCAAGUGGUUGAAGAUGGUUAUGAAUUUUUUUCAAAACGUCAAUUAGUUACCCUUUUUUCAGCUCCAAAUUAUUGUGGUGAAUUUGAUAAUGCCGGUGCCAUGAUGAGUGUUGAUGAAAGUUUAUUAUGUUCAUUUCAAAUUUUAAAACCCGCUGAAAAGAAACCAAGAUAUCCUCCAGCAAAUGCUCCAAGAACUGGUACUACCCCAAGAAAACCAAAAAAGGCCACCAAAUAA